CCGGAAAUGGCAGGAAAAUUCGAAAAUUCUGAAUUUGUAUACUCUUCCCUAUUUUACGGUGUGUUGGCAUCUCUAGGGACAGCAUUAUUUGUAAAAUACUUUCUUAAGUAUUCAGGAUUAUACAGGGCGAGUAAGGAACCCAAAGCGCUCUGCAUAUUCUCCAGAUACCCACAACCAGGAAAGGCAAAAACUCGAAUGAUCCCUCUUCUUGGGAAAGAUGGCGCUGCUAAACUACAAAUCAUAAUGACUGAACGAAUGGUAGAACAGUGCAGUGACCUGAAGCAAUGUGCAAGUCAAAUGUGGUACAAUGGGGGUAGCAGGGCUCAAAUGCAGUACUGGUUAAGCAAGACAGGUGGCGACCUUAACUACAUAGAGCAGAUUGGAAACACUUUGGGUGAUAAGAUGGCGAAUGCAUUCAGGCAUAACUUCAAGAGAGGGAAAUCAAAGGUUGUUAUAAUAGGAAGUGACAUCCCGGAUAUAAGUGAUGCAAUAAUAGAGGAAGCCUUCUCCACACUAGAUGUAGAUGGACAUCAUAUGGUGAUAGGUCAGGCCAGAGAUGGCGGUUACUACCUGGUAGGAUUACAUGUGUCGGCACUGCCAUUAUUGGAUGCUGGUUUGUUUGAGGGGAUGGAGUGGGGGACAUCAGCUGUAUUCCAACAACAAUGUCAAGUUGCAAACCAGUUGGGUGCAAAGCUGAAGAUCUUGCCCAAUGUCCUUUGUGAUGUGGACACCCCUGAAGACAUUAGAGUGUUUGAAAAAGCAACUGGUGUAACAGAAGAAGAACUCAGUAAACCAACAUGGAGUGUUAUUAUUCCUGUUCUUAAUGAAGCACAAAAUAUUGAGAAGACCCUAAAUGCUGUGAUUCAGAGACACUCAAAUAGAGACAUGCUGGAAAUCAUCAUAAGCGAUGGAGGGAGUAGAGAUGCUACUGUGGAGAUAGUUGAAACAUUUGCUCAAUCUAGCUCAGUUAAAAUGACAGUUGUCAACAGUUCACCAGGUCGUGGCCCUCAGUUGAAAUGUGGGGCAGAAGCUGCUACAGGGUCCUACAUGCUGUUCCUCCAUGCUGACUGCCUACCCCCUAAUAACUAUGACCAAGUUGGCACAGCUGUCCUCAUGCAACCUGGAGUUGUUGCAGGAGCAUUUACCUUUGCUUUAGAUGUUAAUCAUCCUGACAGCCCUGAUCAUUCCACAUUGUUUAAAUGGCAAAUGCGGCUUAUAGCCUUCACAGUCAAGUUCCGAUGUAAAUAUUUUGAGUUUCCUUAUGGUGACCAGGGGCUCUUCAUGAGUCACCACAUUUAUAACAAAGUGGGUGGUUACCCAGCAUACCCUCUCAUGGAAGAUUAUGCUAUGGUUGAAAAGUUGCUGCAGAAAGGCCAUGUUCUGACAACACAGGAAAAUGCUGUUUUGAAUAGCAGACGGUGGCAGAAACAUGGUUUCUUUAAGGUGACUCUUAUAAACACAGUGAUAAUAACUGCUUACAGACACUUCGGUGUAUCACCAGAGACUCUGGCACGGUGGUACUAUGGACCUACAAAAUAAUGAGUUGAUUGUAGUUAUACUGUACAUAAACACCGUGAUAAUGGCCAUAUCAGCUGGCGCACAUGUGCAUAUCAGUAAAAUAAAAAAACAGAUUAGAAUCAUCAGCAAUGUCAAGGAAGCAUAAAUGGCAUCAAAAUGCAAAAUGGAAGUGACAUUCCCCUUGGUACAACUAUAGUCACAUAUGUAGUCAUAUAGUCAUUAAAAUGCCUAAAAUUUGCUUUACCCAAGCCUGAGGCAAACAUGAUACAUGUAGAUCCAUACCACCACACUUUUAUAUGAGGCAGAUGAUCAGGGUAAAUCAACUAUGCAAUCAAGCCAGAAUUUUAAAGAAUACAGAAGUUCUGCUUGGAAAAAGUGUUCACAUUGAGAAAUGUU